AGAUCUGUGUUUACGGGAAUCACCCAUUAUGGGGUGUGACAAGUAGUACUACUAGAGUAGUAGUGGUAGCAAAGGGGAAAAAAUCCUAAAUUUUCCGGGUGGCAACAUCUGGCAACACGCGACGGGAAAAAGUUAAUCCAGACGAGAAAUCAAUCGGUAUUAGUUCCAUCGAAAGAMACCCACUGACUCGAUUCUUGGCGAAAAUUUUCCACAGGAAGUACAAAAACGCCUAAGGAUUGUUCGGUCUGCCGCUUAGUAUUCGUCUUUUUYUUCCUUUGUCGAGUCAAAAUGGCGACAGCGCCUCGGACCACGCAACAAUAUCCGAYUGCGGGUCCAACCGCSGCGGGCGGAACAAAUGAGGUCGCUACGGCUAUUCCAGCCCUAAAAGUGAUGCGGCUCCAAAAACCCGAACUCGAUAUGACAAAAGCUGGAACACUAAAWCCUUCGGGCUGUUUGCUUGGUUCGAGUCUUUGCCUACCGGACUCGUUUGGUAUCAUUCACGUGGGAGAGACGUUCACCGCAUAUCUCGGGGCACUGAAUGUUUCGAAAAGACUGCCUGUCACAAAUCUAACGAUAACGGCACAGUUGCAAACACCAUCACAACGGUGGCACAUGGCUUCGAAAACACUCGACGAAUGCAACGCAGCGGGAGGAUGCGAACUUCUUCCUGGGCAAGGCAUUGAUUCUAUCGUUUCCCAUGCGCUGGAGGAAGCCGGGCAGCACAUUCUUCGUGUUGAAGUGGGAUACGGAGGAAACGGAGGACCGAUGAAGUCGCUGCGAAAAUUUUAUCGGUUUCAGGUUUCGAAUCCCGUCGUCAUGUCGGAACUUACCUACCGCACUGGCGAUUCGUCGUGUUUUGUUUCAAUUUCUCUCCAGAACAAUGGCCACGAAUCAAAGGGUGGGCUUACCGUAUCGUCGGCAGAAUUCGAGGCCGCUCCUGGUCUUGUUGUAGAAAAAGCUAUUGCUUGUGCGCCAAAAACUGACGACACAAAUAAAAUAGGUGCACCAACCAAUCAUCUCGGCGAGGGAUUAGAUAUGUUUGACAAUUCUGGACGACUAGAGCCAGGAGACUCGAAGCGUUACAUCUUUAAGGUCGGAGUAUCGAAAGCAGACUCUGCUUCGGGUGCGUCCGUCAAGGGAAUAGCUGCGGGAGAUCAGUUAGGGAAAGCCAUUUUUACAUGGCGUAAAGCUUGUGGUGAAAUGGGACGGAUGGCAAGCUCACCUGUUGUAUGUCCAAUGUUACACCCAAAUCUUGAUCCAAAUGAUCCGGGAACGACAAUGCAAGGGACUGGUACCGAUUUCGUGGUCCACGUACAAGGGAGUAGUUUGUCCAUUGAUGUUGCGACUCAUGCGGCAGGUAGAACGACAAAUUCACCACGUGACGGAACGACACUCGACUUGCUAUUGCCCCUCACAGUAGAACCCGUGAAUCCAUGCAAACAAUUGCGUGUUGGGGUUCCUGUUGAUUUUGCAUUUUUGGUUGUAAAUCACUCCCCAGAAUUCGUAACCCCUCAGCUUCAAUUUCGCUUGGAGCACAUGAAAGGCAUURCGGUCUGCGGUCCCAGCUUUAAGAACUUGGAAGAAAUUCCCGGGAACGGAGGGAGUACCACGGUGCUCGUGCGUUUUAUUGCGUUGUCUACAGGGUUAGCACAGCUUACUGGGUGUUGUGUUUUAAAUUUAGCUACGGGGCAYGUCAUUGCUCAGCCACCCCUAAUGAAUAUCAUGGUCAUAGAAGAAUAAACUUUAUUAGCUUGGUCCAUUACAUAGCAAGGAUCCGUUACCCGAAUCAAAAUUUCUCCUUUUGUCUGAUCCUCCCGUAACGAUAGUCUCUUCGGAAUGAACUCAUUCCACUCGAAUAUUACGGGGGAUGCCAUCGUUGUCGAAAUGGUUGCUAAGAAGAAAAACGCUGAAAAAGAUAAUCUCGUCAACGGAAAAGCAACGGUAUCUAGUAUUGGAGACUGAAGUGUGACGAACAAAUAAAAAGUACAACAAAAU